AUGACCGAUACUACCGUCAGAGUAAAAGAUGCGUUGACCGGCAAGGAGGUGCAGAUGCGAUCAUCGCAAGUAACUGCUGCUAGACUCGCUAGCAUUUUCAACUUUCAGUCCAGCUCUGUCUACCUUGUGGACGACAUGUCAGACAUUAUCGAGACGCAGAAUCCGGAUGGAUCUUUUAGUCAUGUGGAUGAGAGCGACUCUCUAACGACCUGGCGUUUUGCACGCCAAUGCGCCUACUCCUCUCGCGUCCUCAUCGUUCCAGACUCCAUAUCGGAAGUCGUUCGUACCGACUUCCCAUCGUUCAUUGCCAAAGGUCGCCAGAGGGCAUCGUCGGUCAAGAUUUUUCUAGCGGAGAUGUCUCCAGACGGAGAAGUGGGCAAAUCCAUUGAGCAGGGAUUUUUCCAAGUGACGGAAGAUACCGCCAAUCUUCCAUACCUUACGCAGGUCGUCCGCGACCACUUUGGAGACGAUCGGCUAACCAUUGUCACAGCUAACGGACUUCCUCUGCCAGACAAUUCGGCAACUACAGGAGUUUCAUUUUGGAAGGUGGGCAGUAGGAAGCUCUAUGCGGUGAGAAUGAUGGCACGCAAAAGAAAAGGAGCCAAACGGGUCGUGCACGUGGAUUCCGGGUCGGACAGCGAAGACAAACACGGCAUGCAAGCUGCCGGCAUCAAAAUGGCAGGUAGUGCACGGUCUUCAGACUCGUCUUUGCUAGAUCUUUCCAAGCAAACGAAUGAGGUCGCAAACGACUCGGACACGGUCAAAGACCAAGUGAAGAAACUUCUUCACAUAGAUGAGGCUACUGCAGUACCAAUCUCCGUGGUCAACCUGGCGCUGACUUCGUUCAAGUGUAAGAUAUGUCUACAGUUUAUGCAGCCACCAAUUAUAUUUAGCAGCCGCUGCGGCAACAUCCUUGGCUGCAAGACUUGCGUAGACGAGUGGUACGCUGGUCCACAUGGUCUGACGAAAAACUGUCCUGUGUGCAACAGGGAACGGUCACUGCCUGCCACCCAUCAGCUGCAUGGACUAGACGACUUUCUGAAAGAUCUGCAGGCAGCCGUCCACAUUCAAGACAGGAGUAAUGAGCAGCCAACCCAAGAUGCAUGA